AUGAUGCUAUUCAGCACAUCACUAGCUGGACCAGCACUAGAUUGGGCGCAGCAUGAACCACUCUCUACAAUCGAGUCAUGGAUCGAUUUUAGAGAAGCUUUCUUGAAGAGAUUUGCAAGGAGCCACCUUUCAAAUCCAAAGCUAAUCAAGCAUGUGGAGAGGAAUCCUUUCUACAAUUCUACUUCAGAGUGUGCAAAGGAGCAUCUAUGCAACUUUGAGCAGCUUUGCCACGACUAUGGACUUGGAGACAACCCCAAGAAGAUACAACUUUUCCAACUAUCUCUAGCUGGACAAGCCAAAGAAUGGGCUAAGUUCAAUGCCCAACAUGCUUUCAAGACUUGGAAUGGAUACAAAGGAGCUUUCCUCACAGAUUUGCAAAGGUCCAUUUAUGUCCCACCACCACGCCCAAGCUAUUCACAACACCAUCCAUCAUCACCAGACAUAAACAAGACACCACUUUUCCCAAGGGAGAGCUAUCAAGCUGCGCGCCAAACCAAGAUUGAAGAUAUGCUUCAAGAGUACUUGAGAAAUCAAGAAGAGAGUACAAAGAAGAUGGAGAGAGAAUCGAUUUCAUCCAUGAGAGCCUUGGAAACAAAUCUGAAGUCCUAUUCAAGCAAGUGA